UUUGACCCAAUCAUAUGCUCCGUCUUCUUAUUCUAGAUUCCCUCCCAACGGUCAACUAAUGACAUCUUCUCUUUCUUCUACAUCUGGUCCAGCCGACUAAUCCGUAUAGUACAACGCAUUUCACUCCAUUGACUAAUUUCUUCUUCUUCCCCACGCUUCCAAACCCGUAUAAAUAUUCCAGUUCCACCGUGCCCAGGAGCGGCAGGGGGCAGCACAGCUCAAUCCCAUCAGAAGUUUGCAAUGUCCCAUGCCAAUGGGCAGCCUCCGAAGAUAGUUUACAUCAAGACCCAGUUCGUGGAAACCGACGCCAGCAGCUUCAAGUCCGUCGUCCAGAGACUCACCGGCAAGGACUCCGUCGUCCCCGCCAAUCCUGCAGCUUCUGCAGGCCAACCACCCAAUAAUCAGCCAGUAAUUCAGACACCUGCAGUUUCCGCCGCCGGCGGACCGGUAUUUCCAAGGGCAGCUUCGUUUAAGGACAUUGACAGAUUGCUCACGGAGCUGCAGCCUCUGGAUGAGCUUUUCCGGCUGUGGUCCGAUUAACUGUCUUAUACGUUUACGUACGUUAUGUAUAAAGAUCAAUUAAACUAUAGUAAUUCGUGUAUAUAUGUGUGUACGUAUAAAUAUAUAUAUAUACAUGAAGAUUUUCUGAAUAAAUUAAAUUGAUUUAUUGAUUU